AUGUCAGACGGCAGGAUCCCAAAAGACCUGCUGUACGGGGAACUAGCCUCCAGCAAGAGAGCACAAGAGCGACCCGAUCUUUCUUUCAAAGAUGUCUGCAAGAGACAUAUGAAGGUACUGAACAUGAACGUUGAGAGGUGGGACGACAUCACAAGCAUUCACUCUCGCUGGAGACUGGAACUACAAAGAGGCCUAAAAAGAAGAGAAGAGAAGCUGAGGCUUGCUGCUGAAGAAAAGCACACAGACUGGAAAAACAGCACCAAGACAACACCGGAGGACAGUGCCUUGAAAAUCAAGAAACAGAUAUGGAAUGAUCAAAAGGAAAUAAAUUCACCAGAAUGUAUGGAAAUAGCCAAAAUCCUCACACUUAAACCCAAAAGGUUUACUGAGGAUGAUUUUAUUAAACUGUUCAAGCAACUUCAGAAUUGCAAGUGGGUGAAGAAUACAGAAGAGCAGAAGAAUUUGAGGUCGCAGCUGCAGAAAUGCUGCAAUGCAAGUCAAAGUUUUAUUGUCACUCAGGACAAUUCACCAUUGGGAACAAAUAUCAAGUAUAGUGCAGAACCUCGAAGAACUUUUAAAAUUACAGAAGAUGUUGUCAAUCUACUUCCUAAGACAGUACCGUUUAAAAAGCUUAAGCACUGCUCUGUUGUUGGAAAUGCUGGAAUUUUGGCAAACAGCAGUUGUGGAACAGAAAUAGAUCGGGCAAACUUUGUAUUCAGGUGUAAUCUGCCUCCUCUUGUUGAUUAUAAGAAAGAUGUGGGUACUAAAACAGAUGUUGUUACUUCCAAUCCAACUAUCAUAAUAAAUAGGUUUAAAAAUCUUAAUUUAAGAAGAAAACCAUUUAUGGACCAUAUAUCUGCAUAUGAAGAUGCAUUUAUUCUAUUGCCUGCAUUUUCUCAUUCAUUCUGUACUUCAAUUUCAUUUAAAGUUUUAUACACUCUGCAAGAUUUUGGAAUGAAACACCAGGCGGUGUUUUUAAAUCCUUCAUAUAUGAAUUCCAUCAGUAAAUUCUGGAAAGGUGAAAAUUUAAAUGAGUAUAUUCUUUCUAGUGGUUUGAUAAUAAUAAGUGCAGCAAUAGACAUGUGUGAGGAAGUUUGGUUGUAUGGAUUUUGGCCCUUCACCAAGGACAUGAAUGGAAACAAAUUCUUCCAUCAUUACUACGACAACCACUUGCCAUCAAAAGCUCACAAAAUGCCUGCUGAGUUCUACAAACUAAUGCAGCUUCACGCGAAAGGCAUUGUGAAGCUGCACGCUGGUAGCUGUGAAAAUAUUUGGAAUAAAGUUAUUUUGAUCUUGAACACUCAAGUUGUAAGGAAUGGUGAAUGUAACACAUUUACAGGUUUGAUCGAGAGACGACUGUGCAAGCACGUGGACGUCAGCGAGUUAGACCAGCAUGAAGAGUUUAAAAGGAGACAGCUUUAUAAAGUGGGCUCCGGAGGAGCGGGCAACAGUGUAGAGGGAGUCAGACUUUUAAAUGAAAAAUUUGAAGAACAACGACUAACUUUAAAACAAGAUCUAAAGGCUUUCCAGGAUUCUAUGGAUAAGACCGAUUCAGUAGUUAAACAGCAGCAAGCUCUAAUCGCAACUUUGCAAGAGGACGCUCGGAAGCGAGACUUGAUAAUCGAAAAACUGGAGCAGUAA